AGCUGAUUUCGUUAUGAUAGAAACGUAGUUUGUUGAUGCCUUAAAUUAAUUUUUUAAACAAAAAUACCAAUUUCCCUUAAAAAAACAUAAUUUAUUGGUUUAAAAGCAAUAUAUUAGCAACUAUUCAAUACAAUAUUAUCGAUUACACAAAACUUUUCUCCAUAUUCGCAUCAUUUAAUCAAAACCAACGUUUAUAACUUCAGAAAUCGUCUAUGUGGCCAUCUUCAUGCAACAAAUUAAAAAAAAAAGAAAUCUUAUAAUAAAUAAAUAGCCAAUGAGAUCACCACAUUAUUGUACUGUUACACAGCUAUUCGAUGGUAACCCAUACCUGACCUAAAUAAAAAUAAAACAAAAAACAUUCCAAAAUGUUUAAAAUUUUCAAAAGACCGGGACGUCAAUCAAAUGAACGUUCCAGUUCGGAAAGAAAUGAUACAAAACGACAUUCCCUUAGCCUAUCAACUACAAGUAGUUCGAUCAACGAAGAAUCUCCUUACAUCGAUGAAAUCUAUGACAUUAACGAAGAACAACCAAUAUUUGAGUAUGUCUCACGUUUGUCUAUGAAUCUCAAUGCGAUCAUCAACGAGAAAAGCUGUCUCAUCUAUUUUGUGCAGUUUCUAGAAUCAAAGAAGGCUUUGCCACUUAUAAAAUUCUAUCUAGAUACAGAGAACUUUAAAACUGCAUCAGAGAAUGACACAAGUUGCAAAAAUCCAGACGAAAGUUGUUGUUUCUGUAGUUUUUCCGAUGAUGCAAACAAUAAGGCUUCGUCAAAAACUGAAAAGUCUACUGUGGUGGAUUCCAAGGCCGGUGAAAACAAUUCUGAGGCCCACAACAAAGACAACAAUACCGAUGUACCUGGUUCCGAAGCUCGUUACGACCUAUCGAUGCAAAAGUCUCUGACUGACGAUGAGAAGAGUCAAAUCUACGCCGAAAACAACAAACGUCAGCUAGUGAGGUCAGAGAGUACGACUUCCAAGCAUACUACUUGUAAGACAACAGAUGCAAUUUCUAUUUACAAAAAGUAUUUUAUGCCCAGUUCUGCGCAAUAUGUUUCGCUUCCUGUUGGCAUACUUUCUGAGAUUUCAUUGGUUCUUUGUUCGGACGAAAGGCAAUCAUGCCAGAACCAAAAAAUUUCAACGAAUCUUUUUGGGAGCGCACAACAUUAUGUUCUCGAAAAAUUGGAGCAAGAUUACUUGAAUGAGUUCCUACAGAGCGACUUGUAUUGCAGAUAUUGUAUCGAAUUUCUAAGUAGCAGUGAGAUGAUACUCAACGAUAUACUCUAUAGCGAAUCGGCUCUUUUCUAUUUUAUGGAGUACCUGGAACAAGAAAACCAACGUAAUUGUCUUGAUUUUUGGAUGGCCGCAAUUAAUUUUCGUAAACAUUAUGAAAAGGAAGACAUUUGUGACUCAAAUCGCAACGAAGCUCAAUCAGAUGCGAUGAUUCUCUAUGAGAAAUACUUUUCCUUACAGGCUACUUGUCCACUUAAAAUAUCUCCUAAUAUUCGCAGUAUAGUCGAGGAAUGUAUUUGCAGCAAUGAAUCGACAUCAAGAAUUUCUCGAUGUUUUGAUCGUCCCUUGAAAAUCAUUGAACACUACUUGGAGAGAGAAUUCUUUCCAAAUUUUAUUGAAUCUCAACUCUACUCAAAGUUCGUCGUUGAACUUCAAUCGAAAUUGAGUGAUUAUAAUCGGAUGGAUAUUGCUAGUAACCAAGUUGCGACUCCAAGAAUCACUAAACACCGCAAAACCAUGUCAGAUUGCACAAAUAAAACCUCAAAAGAUCUACGAAAGCAUUAUAUUUCACAGCACAAUACUCUGCUAGCUAUGGAAAGUCAUAGCAGCACACAAUCUAAAAGAAGUACCUCAUCAUCAACGAACAAUUCCCCGGACAUGCAAAUCGAUUCUAGACAUUUCGUCGAUCCAGAUAUGUUAUGGCAACGACAUCAGUCGAACGGUAACGUUUUGAAAUUUGGUCGCAUCAAUUCACUUGGUCGUUAUGAAAGGGAUUUUGAAAUAUGUCCGACAACUUCAAAGAAUUGGUCUUUGAGUAGUAUGGGAAGUAAUACAAUAAAAAAUGUCGUAAGAAAGCUGGUGAAUAUACCUGAGGAUAAAAUACAAGAAGAGAUCGCUUGGCAGAUAGCUGAGAUGAUUAUUGAUGAUGUAUUAAGCAUAACCAUGAACCGUGAACUCUCUUCGCGUAAAUCUGUUUAGUUAUAAGAUUGUUUUCUAUUUUGCUUUUAUUUUUUUAUUAAUGAAUAAUAUGAGUCCAAAUGGUGUCAUUUUAUAAUUUUUUGUCUUACAAAUUACUCAAAUAUUAAGUUUAAAAAAUUAACAGUUUAUGUAUUAUAUUUAUUUUAUAUCUUAUGUUAUACAAAUUAUUUAGUUGACACCACUUUUGGCCUCAAAGCCUCAAACUACAUUAAUAUUCAAAAAAGUAUAAUUUAUUUAUCCUCGGCAGGCCGGCAGUAUGUUUAUUCAUUUUAACAAACAAUUUUUAUUUUUGCUUAUUGAUUUCAUUUAGAUAUGAAGUAUUAUUGUAUGAUAAACGAACAAUUUUAUGAACAAAUACAAAAUUUUAGUUUUAUGCUUUGUUUAGUUAGCACAAACACAAAAA